AUGAGGCCAUGGCUGCGCAUAGUUGCGCUGCUGUCGCUUCUGACAGCCGUAACCGCUAUGGAUGUGAUGCUAAGUAAUAAAGACCGCCAGAAAUGUUCGGGCAUGUACAGCAAGAAGUCGUGGGGAGGCAAGGUUGACCCGUUUAUUCUGGUCAAGUUCAUGGACAACGGCGAGCGCAACAAGGGCAUCGAGAACCCCACGGUCGGCAUAGUCAUCUGGGAAUGGAAAGAUACGCUGUUACUGGGGAAGCCCUCGGAUAUGCCCGUUGCAGAUCGCGAGUACAUUUGCAGCAAUGAUACGAUUGAUGCACAGCUGUGUAACGCCACCCACAAGGGUGAGUGGAUCCUCGCCGACGACGUCGAUGUCGUCUCCCAGAUGUACGUCCGCACCGCUGCUGUCAACCUAAGGGAUCCCAAGCCCAUCAAGUACCCCGUCUCAGCGGGCGAAAAGAAACUCAAGAUCAAGACGGGCUACUACUGUGUGGCAGCUGCAUCCGACCGAGACGAUCUCGAGUACGAGGCCAUUGUGACCUUCCGCAAUGCCUAUGGAGAACUACAGGCUGCCCAGAUCGCGAAGCUCCCCUUCUACGGUGGCAUUACAAUCGUCUACUUUGUCGUCUUGGCCUUUUGGGGCUUCCUGUAUUUCCAAAACAGGCACGACAUUCUCGCGGUGCAAAAUUACAUCACUGCCAUCCUGGUCUUCCUGGUGGUGGAGAUGCUGAUGACCUGGGGAUACUAUGACUAUCAAAACCGCCAUGGCAACAAUGUGGCGGCCAAGGUUCUUAUGAUCAUCGUUGCAGUCCUCAACGCCUUCCGCAACUCAUUCUCAUUUUUCCUGCUUCUGAUUGUGUGCAUGGGCUACGGUGUAGUGAAGCCUUCUCUUGGGAAGACCAUGACCAUUGUCCGCUGGCUUGCAGUCGCGCACUUUGUAUUUGGUGUCAUAUAUGCUGUGGCAUCCCUCACAAUACGUCCUGACGAUGCUGGACCCCUUGUCCUCCUGGUUAUCCUACCGCUGUCAGCCACCUUGACCGCCUUCUACAUCUGGACCCUGAACUCGCUGAACCUUACGAUGAAAGACCUCAUGGAACGGAAGCAGCAUGUCAAGGCGACCAUGUAUAAGCGACUGUGGUGGUGCAUCUUGUCCAGUAUCAUCGUGAUCUUUGGUUUCUUCUUCAUCAACAGUUUCACGUUUGCAGGAACAUCGACCCCAGACUUUGCACCAACGCAUUGGCAGACGCGUUGGUUUGUGCUCGAUGGCUGGUUAAACCUGGUAUAUCUAGUCGAUAUUGCGCAAGACGAUGAGGGUUUCGAGAUCGCCUCCAUCCGAGACUCGCUUGAUGAGGAAGAAGGCCCAAAUGAUCAGCCGCCUUCCUAUGAUCCAGCUUAUAGGUCACAGGGGAACAGUGCGGGCAACACAUCGCCCCUACCGGCACCACAAGCACAGAAGCCCAUAAGACCCCCAAGAGAGAGUCUCGAUGGUGAUACGAUUUUUGCUGUAGGCGAGGAUGAUAAGUGGAGCGACGACGACGACAACAGCGACGACGGCGAGCCAUCAAGUCCUCGGGACAGAGACGAUGAAUACUCUAAGCUGACGGGCUCGGAACGGAAAAAUGAUUAG